UGUAUUUGGUUGGUGAGUCGAGCACCGGCCUAAGGUAACGGGAGAUUAGUUCGUGCAAUCAGAAUACGUUUGUUGCACAAAUCCGGAACAUUUAGUCUUACUUCGAACUACAUGCCGUUAGAUAUAGCAUAUUUUAAUCGUACCCUUAUAUGCAGGUCUCCCAUCCCCAUCAUCCUGACACAAAGCAGCAAACAUGCUAGAGCCAACAACACGGAAGUUUGCAUCCCUAGAAGAGGAGCUGGGUUUCUGGAAGGAGCAGGCUGGGAGACAUCAACAAAGGGCUGAUGAGGCUCAGGAGGAGCUGCAGGAGUUUCAGCAGAUGAGUCGAGACUAUGAAGCAGAACUGGAAACCGAGUUGAAGCAUUGUGAAGGUCGAAACAAAGAGCUGCUUUUAGACAACAACCGACUCCGCAUGGAACUGGAAAGCAUAAAGGAGAAAUUCGAGGCACAGCAUUCUGAUGCUUUUAGGCACAUCUCAACCCUGGAGGAAGAACUGGCAGAAACCAAAGCAAUGAGAGAUCACCUGCAGAAAUACAUCAGGGAGCUAGAGCAGUCCAAUGAUGAUUUGGAGAGAACCAAAAGGGCUACCAUCAUGUCUCUGGAGGACUUUGAGCAGCGAAUGAACCACGUCAUCGAGAGGAAUGCCUUUCUUGAAAGCGAGCUGGAUGAGAAAGAGAACCUGCUGGAAUCUGUUCAGAGGCUCAAGGAUGAAGCCAGAGACCUUCGCCAGGAGCUGGCUGUACGUCAGAAGGAAAGACGGCCGUCCAGCAGCCUGGGCAAAGACACAGAUCGAUCGGAUCUGCCAUGCCCCAUAGCUGGUAACCCGUCCAUCCCUGUCACACCCUCCAAACCUAUCAGCUCAUUUUCCACGCCCCCCGUUUCCAGUAUCCGACGAGGUGAUGGUCUAACGGGGACUCCCCUCACGACGUCUGCUAGAAUAUCUGCACUCAACAUUGUAGGGGAGCUGCUGAGAAAAGUUGGAAAUCUGGAGUCAAAGUUGGCCUCCUGUCGAGACUUUGUGUACGAUACAUCUGUCAGCAGACCAGCACUUCCGGCUGGCCCUUGUAGUCCUUCUCGUUUAGAGGGAGGCCCCGAGGUCCAAGCUACUAGCAUGAGCCCACCUCCUCAGUACGACAGUUUAGUGAAGCGGUUAGAGUUUGGACCAGCUCCUCCGAGAGGCGUCUCCCAGGGCGCCCAGUCUCCACAGGCAGGGGUCAAGAUUCUGCUAUGAAAGGAAAAAGAAGGCAAACCAUCUUCAAUAACCUGACACCGAACCUCCUGUUCCCUCUCCCUCCUUAAACUGCAGCAGCAAUGGGACUUUGAACUGGGCUGUAUCCCUUUGGCGCCACUUGCCCUGCUGAACUAUUUGAACAAGAACGCCAUUCUCUUUGCCCCACAUAUUCAGCGCAUGGACUUCUGCUGCCUCAGGCUAGUAUCACACCAUAUCUCAUAGGAAUCAGCGCUACAGCUUGUGUAAAGUCAAGGAUUGAAGAACCUUCUUGUCACCCCAUAUCUUCUGCUGUAUCGUUGACGCUGUGGUAGGCAGCAUGUAAAAAAAUCCUUGUCUGCCAUUUUGGCUAAUUUGCUUUCGGCAGUGGAUCAAGCAGAACUGGGGCUGUUGAAACAUUACUGCUCCCAGAAAACGCAUGUCCACCCACCCCCCCCACCCCCAAUGUGUGCCUGCACUUGUCCAUUAUGAAGUAAGGACCCAAAUAAGAGCCAGUUAUAUUAACAGCUACAGGAUGUGACCCUGAUAUAGGGACCAAGUACAAACCAAACCUUUGAAAAACUGAUCAAACAUAAAAGUAACGGGUUAGGUGUUUUUUUUUUUUCCUGUUUUAAUCUAAUAUGAAAAAUGGUUGAUAAUUUGAAUAACCUAAUUGUCUGUUUUUGUUCUUUUAUUAUUUGAACCAUGGGCUUGAAUAAUGUAGUACUGAACAACACCGGCAUGAAUAAAUCUCAGUUGUUGAGGAGCUAGAUAUUGUAAAAGAUGGUUAGAAUAGGAUUUCAAAGCUGAGCCCCACAGUAUUUUGUCUAAAAGAGACUCAAUAUUUUCCACUGCUGCAAAAACUUCCCAGUUGAGAAUGAAUAAGUUGCUGCCAGGAAUUUGUGUUUUAACCAUUGCUGCCUUCCUCACUGGUAAUACUUCUUUUAGUUUGCAGGCCUUGCUUUGCUGUAAUGGUUAAAAUAAAUCAAAUGGUUUAACUAUUC